AUGUCAGUUCCUCCAGAGCUAAGGUAUCAGAAACAUCUAGAAAAUGCCAAAAGGAUUGGAAUUAAAAAAGCUAUUUCAGCGAACAUUUCUAUGGGCACUGCCUUCCUGCUAAUAUAUGCAUCGUAUGCACUGGCCUUCUGGUAUGGAUCCACUCUAGUUAUAGCCAAAGAAUACACUAUUGGAAAUGCAAUUACAGUCUUUUUCUCAAUCCUGAUCGGAGCCUUCAGCAUUGGACAGGCGGCUCCCUGUAUUGAUAGUUUUGCCAAUGCAAGAGGAGCAGCAUAUGCGAUCUUUGCUAUUAUUGAUAAUGACCCUAAAAUUGACAGUUUUUCAGAGAGAGGACACAAACCAGACAACAUCAAAGGGAAUUUGGAGUUCAAAGAUGUUCAUUUCUCUUAUCCUGCUCGUCCUGAUGUCAAGAUCUUGAAGGGCCUCAACCUGAGGGUAGAGAGCGGGCAGACGGUGGCCCUGGUUGGGAACAGCGGCUGUGGGAAGAGCACAGUGGUCCAGCUGGUACAGAGGCUCUAUGACCCUGACGUGGGGAGGAUUAUCAUCGAUGGGCAGGAUAUUAGGACAUUUAAUGUAAAGUAUCUGAGGGAAAUAAUUGGAGUGGUGAGUCAGGAGCCAGUGCUCUUUGCCACCACCAUUGCUGAAAAUAUCCGUUACGGCCGUGGAAAUGUCACCAUGGAUGAAAUAAAGCAAGCUGUGAAGGAAGCCAACGCCUAUGAGUUUAUCAUGAGAUUACCACAGAAAUUCGACACCCUGGUUGGAGAGAGAGGGGCCCAGCUGAGCGGUGGGCAGAAGCAGAGGAUCGCCAUCGCCCGGGCCCUGGUUCGCAACCCCAAGAUCCUGCUGCUGGACGAGGCCACCUCAGCGCUGGACACGGAGAGCGAAGCCGAGGUUCAGGCGGCCCUGGAUAAGGCCAGGGAAGGCCGGACCACCAUAGUGAUAGCGCACCGGCUGUCUACAAUCCGAAAUGCAGAUGUCAUCGCGGGGUUUGACGACGGAGUCGUUGUGGAGCAGGGAAGCCACAGGGAACUGAUGACGAAGGAAGGGGUAUACUUCAGGCUGAGUGAUGGCAGUCCCUGCCACAGUUAUUUAUUUUACCUGCUAUGA